AUGGAACCGGUUGACGCCGAACGCGCGCGACAGCUGUCGCUCUUCCGACCACUAGGCUACCAACGGAACUCCUGCGGCUACUGUAAAUCAGACGAUGGAAGCGCAUCCUACUACGCCAGCUCCGUGGCCGUGCGGCCCAAGCACUAUGGGGAGCUAAUUGAUCGGGGUUGGAGACGAUCCGGCACGCUGUACUACAAGCAGAACCUACAACGAUCAUGCUGUCCUCACUACACGCUGAGGCUGGAGGCUUCCGCUUACCAACCUCGCCGUGAUCAGCGCAAGGCCAUCAAUCGCUGGAACAAAUUCAUCUUGGGUCCAGAGUACAUGCGCAAGGCAGCUAGACUGUGCCCCCGAUCGCGAGAGGAAAAGCGACACCGAAAGUGCAACUUCGACGUGGUGUCUGCAGUCCACGAGUCUGAGUAUGGCAACAUCAAGCGGCCAAUCGAUCCGGCCACCAAACGUCCCCUGGAGCCGGCCCAUCGCUUCGAAAUCAAUAUCGAAGGUGACUCGGUCUCCCAGGCGAAGUAUGACCUUUUCGUCAAGUACCAGACCAAGAUCCACCGCGAUGACGUCUCUCGUUGGAAGACCAAGGACUUUGAGCGCUUCCUCUGCUCCGGCAUCAAGCGAUCUCCUGCCACGAUCACAAAGGCAAAUGCCGACGAGAAGAAGCUCGGAUCAUGGCAUCAGUGCUAUCGACUCGAUGGGAAACUGAUCGCCGUUGCGGUACUGGACUUGGUUCCCAGUGGCGUGAGCUCGGUUUAUGUCUUCUAUGACCCCGAAUACGAGCAAUGGGAGUUUGGCAAGCUUAGUGCUAUGCGUGAGAUUGCCUUUUGCCUCGAGAAUGACUACCCUUACUAUUACAUGGGGUACUACAUCCACAGUUGCGUGAAGAUGCGCUACAAGGGCGCCUUUCGACCCCAGUAUAUCCUCGAUCCCGAAUCUAACGGAUGGGACCCGCUGGCUGGCGAGCUCUCCGAGAAACUCGACAAACGCUCCUAUGUCUCCCUGUCUCGAGACCGAUCCACCAACCCUGAUGACUCGACCUCCAACCAGUCGCUAGACGGCGCUGUCAAUGAAGAAGAGCUUUCUCUCUUCGACAUUCACAUGCCCGGUGUUUUGACUAUGGACGAGGUCAAAGCAUUGGACCUGGACCAUUGGCACCUUCUUUACCACGGGACUUUUGUGCAAAUGAUUGAUCUCGUCGGUUGGGAGAAGAUGCCCAUGGAUAACCCGCAGUCAUUGAAGGGGAUUAUAGCCGAGCUGGCUGCAGUUCUGGGACCGAAGAUCGUGAAGGAUAGUGCUGUCGUUCUUUUCGACUGA